CAAGGUGAACUCCAUGCUAAUUGCCAGUUAUUAUCGCGCCUUUGCUUAUUCGAUGUUUUUUUUUGGGGGGUUUUCGGUUGUUUUUUCUCCUUUGUUGCUGCUGCUGCUAUUUCUGAAGGUUGCCAGUUCCAUCCCUUAAAAAAACCUUACAAGGUGUUUUUAUAUCAAUUGGCCCCUUGAAAAUUUGAAAUCUUUCUGCUGCCAGAACCUUAUCAACAACCUUUUAUUUAAGCUUAAUUAGAUAUGGCCAGUUUUGAUUUUACUCUGGCUGAUAACUUGACUGCCGAAGAGAAAAGAUUAUAUGAAAAUAAAACCAGAGAAUGUUAUCAUCAACGUUGGGGGUCGUAUUUAUCAGAAAGACAAUGGGCUACCGUACGUGAAGAUUAUUCAGCGUCGGGAUCAGCAUGGGAUGAUUUCAGUUUUGAAACUUCCAAGUCCAGAACUUACCGUUGGGGUGAAGAUGGUUUGGCUGGUUGUUGCGAUACCAAGCAAUUGGUUAAUUUAUCACUUGGUUUAUGGAAUGAAGAAGAUGAUAUUUUGAAAGAAAAAUUGUUUGGGGUAACCAAUGGUCAAGGUAACCACGGAGAGGAUGUUAAGGAAUUGUAUUAUUACUUGGAUAAUACUCCCACUCAUUCUUAUAUGAAAUUUUUGUAUAAGUAUCCUCAAACUAAAUUUCCUUAUGAAAAAUUGGUUGAAGAAAAUGGUAAACGGUCAAGAUUGGAAAAAGAAUACGAAAUCACCGAUACUGGCAUCUUUGAUGAUAAUAAGUACUUUGAUGUGGUUUAUGAAAUGGCCAAAUCCGAUGAUGAUCCAGAAGAGUUGUUAUUUAGAAUUACUGCUUACAACCGUAGUAAUGAAGCUGCUCCUUUGCAUAUUUUACCUCAAUUGGUUUUAAGAAACACUUGGUCUUGGGGUCAUGAAGAAUCUAAAAAGGGGAAACCCAGCUUAAACCAGGAAGGUGAUUCCAGUAUCAAACUUGACCAUCAAAAAUUUGGUGAACGUUUUUUGAUUUUCGCCCCUGCCCCCGGGAUCACCGAGGAUUCUCCUGAUGUUGAGCCAAAAUUAUUAUUCACUGAAAAUGUCACCAAUCAAAAACGCUUGUAUGACCAAGAAAAUGAACUGAAAUAUGUUAAGGAUGCUUUCCAUGACUAUAUCGUUGAUGGGGUUGAGUCUGCAGUUAACCCAGAAAAGAAUGGUACCAAAUCAGCCGCAGUGUUUUCUUUUAAUCAAGAUGGUGGUGUUCCUGGUAACGAUUAUGUAACGAUUCGUUAUAAGUUUUCUAAAAAAAAUCUGGAUAUUGAUGAAUUGGAAUUUGAUGAAGUUUUUGCAAGACGUCAAGAUGAAGCUGAUUCUUUUUAUUGGAAAGUUAGUCCUUUACCAAUUAGUGAUGAAUUAAGACAAGUUCAAAGACAAGCUUUUGCCGGUUUAUUGUGGACCAAACAAUUUUACCAUUUUGUUCAUAGCUAUUGGUCUAGAGGUGAUCCAAAUACCCCUGCUCCUCCUGAAAAUAGAGCCAACGGUCGUAAUAAAGAUUGGAAACAUUUAUAUAUCGAUGAUAUCUUAUCCCUUCCUGAUAAAUGGGAAUAUCCUUUCUUUGCUGCUUGGGAUACUGCUUUCCAUUGUAUUCCUUUUGCUAUGAUUGAUCCGGAAUUUGCUAAGAAACAAUUGGAUUUAAUGACUAGAGAAUGGUAUAUGCACCCAAAUGGUCAAUUGCCUGCUUAUGAAUGGAAUUUUAGUGAUGUGAACCCUCCAGUUCAUGCUUGGGCAACUUAUAGAGUUUUCAAAAUUGAACGUAAAAUGUAUGGUACCGAAGAUAUCGAUUUCUUGGAACGUGUUUUCCAAAAAUUACUUUUGAAUUUUACUUGGUGGGUAAAUAGAAAAGAUUCCGAUGGUAAUAACUUAUUCAAUGGUGGGUUCCUUGGUUUAGAUAAUAUUGGGAUCUUUAAUAGAUCUGAACCUUUACCUACCGGUGGUAACUUAGAACAAGCUGAUUCAACUGGUUGGAUGGCUUUCUUCUCUUUACAGAUGUUAAACAUUGCUUUAGAAUUAGCAAAGUCAAGACCUGUUUAUGAAAAUAUUGCUUCAAAGUUCUUUGAACACUUCUUAUUAAUUGCUGAUGCAAUGAGUUACCGAGGUGCUAAAAAGGGUGACUCGGGUGCUACUGAACAAUCUUUAUGGGAUGAAACUGAUCAGUUUUAUUACGAUGCCAUUAACUAUGGUGGAGCAGAUUCUCAUUCAUUACCAGUUAGAUCAUUGGUUGGUUUGAUUCCUUUAUAUGCUUCAUUAACUUUGGAACCGGAACUUUUAGAUAAAUUCCCUUCUUUCAAGAGAAGAUUAGAAUGGUUUGUUGAGAAUCGUAAAAGUGUUGCCGAAAGAAAUAUUGCUUCGAUGAGUGCUCGUGGUGUUGGUGAACGUUUAUUGUUAUCUUUAGUCAAUAAGGAUAGGUUGGUUGCAAUUUUGGAGAAAAUGUUGGAUGAAGAUGAAUUUUUAUCUGAUUAUGGUAUUAGAUCAUUAUCUAAAUUUCACGAGAAGAAUCCUUUCGAGAUGGAUGUCCAUGGGCAAAAGUAUUAUGUUGCCUAUUUACCUGGUGAAUCUGACUCUGGUAUGUUCGGUGGGAAUUCGAAUUGGAGAGGUCCUAUUUGGUUCCCAGUCAAUUUUUUGUUGGUGGAAUCCUUACAAAGAUUUUAUUUGUAUUAUGGACCAGAAUUAAAAGUUGAAUGUCCUAAGGGUUCUGGUGAGUAUUUGAAUUUGGCUCAAUGUGCUCAAGAAGUUCAACAUCGUUUAAUGCAUUUAUUUGUACCAGAUGAAAAAGGUGAUAGGGCAUGUAACGGAGAAAAUGAAUUGGUUAACAGGGAUCCUUUAUUCAAAGAUUAUGUUCCAUUCUAUGAGUACUUUGAUGGUGAUACCGGUCGUGGGUUGGGAGCUUCUCACCAAUGUGGGUGGACUGCUUUGGUUGCCAAAUGGAUUCAUGAUAAUGGUGUUACUUGUAGACUCCCUAAAACUCCAAGAAGCUCUUCCAAAAGAUCUUCGGUUUACAUGCAAAGUGAUUCCGCUGGUGAAAAUGGUGAUAAUUCUGAAGAUGUUAUCAAGCAAUUUUUACCAAAAUCCGGUCCUUUCCCUGGUAAAUUGAUCAGAAGAAGAUCCGGUAAAUCAUUAUUGAACUUGACUGUCAAUGCUCUUGAUUUGGAUGAUGAAGAGCAAGAAAGUCAAGAGAAACAUGUCAUUCCUAAUUUGGCUGCCAAUGAAAAUAAAACCAAUGAAUUAUUGCAUGAUGAUCUUGACGAAUUGAGCGUUACUCAAUCAAGAAGCUCCAUCACCUCUUAUGACGACGAAAAUUUGGUCAGCCAGAUCAAGGCCGCUUUCCAAAAGUACAAGUUGAAGAAUGAAGAUGAUGUUUCCGGUGAUGAAUUUGAAGCAAGAAAAUAAAGCACUAGGCGUUCCUUACUUACCCUUUUUUUAAAGUCUUUUUCUAUUAGUGCUACUAGAUUGAUUUUGUUUGAUUUAAUGUUUGUUCCAUAGUAUUGGUGUAUUUAAUUUUAUAUAUUUUUAUAGUAUCUAUAUAUUUUUAUAGUAUUUAUAUAUUUUUAUAUGGUAUUUGCA